GUUUAGCUGGACUCUGGGAGUUUGUGAUGGACAUGGAGGCCUGGUGUGCUGCGGUUCAUGGGGUCAUAGAGUUUGACACAACUGAGCGACUGAACUGAAAUACACUGGCUUAAAAAUUUAUGCCGGGGUAGUUCAGAGAUAGUGUGGGUUCAGUUCCAGACCACUGCAGUGAAGCAAAUAUUGCAAUAAACUGGGCUGAGAGGAGAGAUGCUCUGAACCUUGUAAUCCCUGAAGGUAGGGAAGAUUUGGAAGUUAGUGGAUGUGUACAAGGUACUGAAGCAUCUAAAUAAAGAUUGAUCAUUAGUGGAGAGCUUCAUCCUUCAGGACCCGUCCACUGAUGAAAUGAUCCAGAGUCUUCAGCCUCACUUCAGGUUCUCCCCAGUCAUGCAAACAAAGAAUCAGCCAAAGGUAAUCUGGGCAUGGUGUGAUUUGGCAUCUCUCCCAAUCAUCCUACUCGUGUAUGUGAGAUUUCUCUGACCUGGGUGUUCACUUCAUGUCUGUCCUUUUGUUUACUGUUUGUCUCUUACACUGUCUUAGCUGUGACUGUGUGCAUACUUCCAUGUGGGCUUAUAAGUGUGCAUGUGUGCAUGGGGUUUCCCUUAUGGCACAGAUGGUGGAGAAUCUGCCUGCAAUGCAGGAGACCUAGCUUUGGUCCCUGUGUCAGGAAGAUCCCUUGGAGAAAGAAACAGCAACCCAAUUCAGUAUUCUUGCCUGGAGAAUCCCAUGGACAGAGGAGCCUGGCAGGCUACAGUCCACGGGGUUGCAAAGAGUUGGACAGGACUGAGCAACUAUGCACAUAUGUUUAUACAUGUGGUUUGUGUUUGUUCAUGGACCCAAGAAUGAUUUUUUCCUAACUUAAAUUAUGCAUUCAUUUUUAUCCUGGUUUGAUCAGUUUUGAGUUUUACUUAAACUUUUGGGAGAUCUUGUUGUCUCACCAAAAAACCACAGGACUAAAAUCUUGAUGACUUGAGUUAUAGUCCUACCUCUGCCCUUACUGACUGUAUAAACUUGGCCAGUUUACCCUCCCAGUAUAAUUGUUAAGAGGUCAGAAGGUUGGAAGGGAUGAAUUAAAAGAGUCCUGUGAAUGCUGAUUCUAAACCUCACCAUAUGGCAUUUCUGAACCGGAAAUGACAGCUGUGACAGUGUCCUGAGGUGAGAGGAAUAAUCUCCAACCCCUUCGUCCUCUCCACCUCCUUUACUACCCCAUCUUUUUCUCCUGACUCCGUUUUCAUUGAUCCCCUUUUCUCCUUGCCCCAUGCCCCUGUCUUCUACCUGAUUUUCUUCAUCCAGUCUAUUUCUAACAGAAGAAGAAGCUCCUGUGAUUGGCCAAGUGAAUCGCAGGAUUUGGCUCAUCACUGGACUGUCAAAUGAAACAGCCGAGUUUCUCCAGGUAUGAGGUAUCUGAGUCAACCUGAGUGUGGAAUCUGUGUCCUGUCCUGUCCCCCUUUCUAAUCAGACACUUGAGCCAUAGUUACCUCUGCCCUGAAGCUUUCCAUUCUCCAGCUUGAGGACAUGGGUCUUGAAAUGUUGUGAGCCCCACGUCUAUGCCUUUUCCCACAGAAACUUACCCAGCCUGACUGUUGGUUGUUUUUUUAUCUGGGCACAAAUGGUGGAGGGUUUAAGAGCAUGGACCUCAGGAAUCAAAAAGCCUUGGUUGCUGAUUAUGGCAUUGGAGGAUACUAUGAACCUCAUGUGGAUUAUUUUUUGGACUUUGACAGUAACCCUUUGGGGUUUAUUGUGACGGGGAAUCGCGUGGCCACAUUCACGAACUAUAUGAGUGAUGUAGAAGCUGGUGCUGCCACUGUCUUCCCAUACCUGGGGGCUAUGAUUUCACCCAAGAAGGGUACAGCCAUAUUCUGGUAUAACCUUCUGUGGAGUGGGAAAGACAACUACCUAACAAAAAUGCUGCCUGUCCUGUGCUUGUGGGCUGCAAAUGGGAGGGAGACCUGGCUUGAUACCUGAUUUGCCCAAUACUAGGAAUUGAGAUGACUUUGCUGUGGAUUGUGCCUGUCCUCCUUUAGUGCUUUCAGACUACUGACAUGGACAAGAG